ACCAAUCAACAGUCGCGGCUCAAAAUUCGAACGUCAACUUGCGGAUAGUCGGAAUCGGACAUGAUGUGAUAAAUAGAUUUUUGCAGCCUAACUUUAAAGUAUUUUGUUGAAGCGAUACUUUACCCACCAAACAGCUUACCGAUAUACACAAGCAAAUCCCGAGCCAUGGUGAAAGAACGGGCUCAGAAGAAGUCCUUCCAGCAGAGUCUGGAGGACAUCAAGGAGAGGAUGAAGGAAAAGAGGAACAAACGGCUGGCUAGCGCUUCAGCUCCCAGCAGAGGACGGUCCAGAAUGAUAAACAAAAGCAGUGUGGCUAACUCUAGCCACCAAACCAUCUUGAAGGGUGUCCAACUGAACAACAAGGUGCUGGCUGUAGCCCUGCAAGCUGAAAAGGAAAAAGUGAGACAGUCCAAUGCAGUGAUCUUGCAGCUGAAAAGGGAGCAACAGGCCCUGUUUCUUCACCUACUUCUGCUCAAGAGGAAGCUCAAAGAGCAGGAAGCUCUGGCAGUGAGUGCUUCAGAGAAUAAACCUGCAAACAUCCUUGUUGAACCAAAACCCUCUGUGGAUUCAGCCAGGAGAAAGCGGACCAGCCAGGACCUUGAUAAGCCCAUUGUGUGCAAACCCUCACCAAAUUGUGCAGACCCUCAGCCCUCAGAAAAAAAUGCACAACCUGGCAGGCAGAUUGCCCUGCCAUCUACAGUGGGUGUGAGGCGUCGCCAUGCAGAUAGAAGAAGCAGGAGGAGGUCUGAGCGUGUGCAAGAAAAGAGGUCUUUGAGUGAGGGGGACCAGAUCGCAGGCUUGGGUACUUUGAUAGCAAGUCCUAUCCGCAGUGACAGUGAAAAUGUGAAUCAGCCACAGCAAGGAGCAGAACCAGAUUUAGCGGAGGAGUUUCAGCAUUCUACUCCUGAACCUGUCCCACCCAAAAACAACAACAACAACCAACAGCGGCCCAGCAGGAAAAAAGCCCAGCAGCAGCCUCGCACCAAACCAGAACCUGCUGCACGCAAAGCGGAGAGAGGCCGCAAACCAGACCGUGCCCCAUUAAAGAAACCUUGGGAAAAUCCAAAACCCAGAGCUCGCUCCAAAAGUCGGGACCGGUCAGCCACACGGGCCAAAACAGCACCUUCGUCACAGGGGAAUAAGCUCAACACCUCACUGGGAUUUAAUGACACGUUUGACUUUGACUGUGAAGGGGCGGUUCACGUCACACCGUUCAGGGCCAAGGCAGAGGACAAUCAGCCAUCCACGCCCAUCCGCAAAGAGACUCCCCAAACUAGAGCUUCACCUGUGAUUUCCAAAGAGAAUGAAUCCAGCUCGUCAUCACCAUCUUCUGAAUCGGAGGACAGCCUUUAUGUCCCUCAGAAGGGCAGACGGAGACCGACUUCCCCUGACAAGACCAAAGUGGUCACCACUCGUAGAGGCCGGCUUCCUAAAGUCAUCAAACUGAAAGAAAACAUCCCUCCAGAACAGGAGAUUUCCAGUAAGCUUUUAGUCUUUAGAGAUGAGGAGUCAAGUCUUAUGGCUGUAGAGCCUGAAAAGGAAGAAGCUUAUCACUCCCCUGACACGAGCUUCUCCAACAGUCCUGACCCAGCGGCAAUGUUGAGACAGGAAAAUCACCAUGAGCCUCACAGAGGGGUUAUUGAGAAGAAUUGUUUGCUGCCUGUCAGCCCUCUGGUUGAAGUGGAGAUGAUGAGAAUAGACAGCGUCCUGUCCAAUUUGGAUUCCUCCGGUCAAGCUCCUCCUCUCCUACCCCAGCAAACGACCCAGAGGGUUAAGACAUGCAAAAAACGUAGGCUUGGUGUAAGGACAGCAGGGCGGGGCUUGAGUCUGUGUGAUGUGACCAAUCUGUCCCCUGCAGCCUGUCGCAAGUUCUCCUGUGGUGGCUUACGGCCCUCUGAUGCCCGAUGCUCCACCCCCGCUCCUGCUCGCAAGCGGCGCUGCACUAUGGCGGUAGACUACACAGAACCCACGCUUAAUGCGAAACUUCGGCGUGGAGACAAAUUCACAGACUUGCAGUUCCUCCGCUCUCCUAUUUUCAAGCAGAAGUCUGGCAGGAGGUCUGUGCAGAAAUCCAGGAAUUCCAUUAGCAGCCAGCCGCCAUUUGAGAAAUACAAUGAGUCAUUUGUUGGAUGUCGCUGAAGGAAGCUACCUUGUUGAGUGUUGGCUGGCAUUGUCUGUUUUGAUGUGGUUUCUUAGUUUUGACAAGUGAUAAUUUUGUUUUUUUACUCUCAAGGUUGUAUUUCUUUAUGAGAUGAAGAACUGUGAUCAGUUUUAGAUGUUAUUUUUGUGACUUUGUUCUCUCUUGCAUUCCCGCUCAUUAUCUCUAGCUAAAUUAAUGGCCAUUUUAUCAAGAUGGCCAGAUUUUCCAAUUAUAUUUAUCAUUAUCUUCAAUUCUGUAUGUUUUAAGUAUGAGAUCCUGAAUUAGUACUUAUAUUGUCAUCUAAUAAAUUGUAUGUAUGAUGUGACAAUAAAUGCUGUUUCUUAAUUUUU